AUGGUAGAUCUACAUCUCCACCAAAUUUCACUGUCAAACUCCUUCUAUUUCUCCGCGAAUCGACGAUUUUCUGCUCAAUUUUCCGCCCCCGUGUUCGUCCGGUUCGUCCUGUUCGUGCUCGACCAGCAUCUGCCGGCCUCGUUUCACCGGCAUCGCUGCCCACCGGCACUGCCGGCCCGACCUGCCCGGCACUCGCCGCCGCUGGCCCUCCUCCUUCCUCCGCUCACCUCGCUCGCGCACAGCAGCUCGUUCCGCCCUUGCUCCAAUCGCCCAAGGCCGCCGCCUCCAACCACUCCGCCCCACGCGCCCGGGCUCCACGCCGACGCCGCGCGCCCCGAAGCAACCGGCCAAGCCGCUCCCGCGCUGGCCCCGCCCGCCCGACCGCCACACCACCAGGCUGCCACGCCCCAAGCUGCACCAGCUCGGCCCGGUCGCAGCCGCCACCACGCGCCCACCCCACGCGCGCAAAGCCGCCCGCCACAAAGCUGCCGCUCCACCAGGGCCCUGCAUCGCGCGCAAGCACCACCCCGGCACUGCCGUGAGCCGCAGACCGGCACUACCGCCGAACACACCCCGGCACUGCCGGCCACAUCACAGCGGCACUGCCGGCCCUGA